UUUCCCUAGAUAUAGAACAGAUUUUCUUAUUAUCGUUAGAUUCCUUUGUUAAUUAAUUGACUCGUAUAUGAGCUUUUCCUGUUUACUUUUAUAGUAGAUAUCAAAUCCAUAUAAUUGCUUACAUAUACUUUCUUACAAGUACUUAUGCUAUUUAUUUUUACGAUAGAUGUUAAUUUGAAGUCACAGUGGUGGACAACACUGAUUCUACAAUGGCAUUAUCGCGGAUGAACCCACUGAAACUAUGUUGCAUCUCACCGCAGAAGAAAUCUACAAUAUUCGUUGUGUCAAGAAGGAAAUGCUACCUCUUGCAAAUGUGACAAGGCAACUAACUGGCAAGACGUUUAACGUUCAAAUGAAGAGAUCUUUGACAAAAAAAAUGGAUGCAGCACCCGCAAAAUUAAUUCUUCUGUCCUUUAUGCAAAAAGAGAACGCGAUUGACACACAAUUGCCCCCUAUCCUAAUGGACAUUCCAGAAAGCAGCAAGAGGAAUAUUGAUGAUAACCAAAAGAAAAUGAAAAUUGCUACUCCGAGAAACUAUCGAAAGUGAAAAUCUUUCGCUUCUUACUUUUGGGAUACAAUUGGAGCCACUUUUUGCUAUCUCCUUGAAGACAUGGUUGAAACUACUUUUUCUGUUGUCUUCCUAGAUGCGAUACUGAAGUUUUUGAAAAAGACAGAAACUACUUUUGUUGCUGCCUUAUCCUGUGGUAGUUCUCAUAUCAGGUUAGCCCUUUUCUUCUUUUACUUCAUGUAACUCUCCUCAAUCACAAUUUUCCUUUGAACACUACAAUUGUUUUCUUAUGGAGCAAUAACUUGGGUGAGGACAAUUUGCUUUAAGGAAGGAUUAUAUACAUUGUGGUGCAUGCAAUUUGUCAAAUGGAUCAUAUAAGCUGUUUAGAUAUGAGAUGACAUGUGAACCUCUUUUAGGUAUACAAUAUUUUAGUCACCACAACAAUUACACUGUUGCAGUUUACUAUGGUCAUAGUUGUCUUGUGUUGGUUUUUUUUUUUUUUUUUUGGGACGUACAUAUUGAACCCAGUUUUCUUCACUAUUUUCCGCUCCUCCAAAAUCAGUCAGGUUCAUUCCUCUUCAUUUUCAUCUCUAGCUUUAAUUUCACCCUUCUUCAUCUCUGUAAUGGAUCCUUAGGGGAGGCGAACUAUAUGAGGUACGAUUAAUACUGUACUUCGCUGGUUGUGCCCUCUGUUUCUACCAUGCUCUUUAUCUGGACUGCACAAGUAAAAAGAUUCCCUACAUUCAAUUACUUUCUUAGAUAUAGCAUAAUCAUAAUGCAAUGGCAUGCCAGGGAUUUUUUAACUUGUGCAGUUGUUGCCAGCAAAGAAACUUUUUGGUGCUUUUCAGAAAUCUCCAUGGUAAGCAUCAGCUAUCUCAACAUUAUCAUGUUCAAAAUCCCUUUUUCAAUCUUUUAUUUUUCACACACUAAUUAUUCACCUUGUCUAUGCUAUGCAAUAGACACCAAUAUUCUCACCAAAGAUUACAAGAGAAGUGUCAGCACCGCUGCUAACCUUCAAGUCAAUGUAUCGCUUUGUUAAUAUGUAAAUAGAAUGUACACCCCUGUUCAAUUUGUUUUAACCUAUUUUCUUUUUAGUCUGUGUCAAAAUAAAUGACCUCUUUUCUAAUUUGGAAACAAAUUCACUUUAUGAAUUAUUUACAGCCACACAAAUUUUCAAGGCUUAUUUUGAACCACAAGUUUCAAAAGUAUUCCCUCUUUUUUAAAUGUCGUGUCCAGUCAAAUGGGUUCAUAUAAAUUGAAACGGAAGGAGUAUAUAGCUAUUGUGUAAAUCUCUGUUCAACUUGUAAAACUAGGCUCCGUAUGGUCUAUGUUCAACUUAUAAAACUUGGCUCCUUAUCAAAUGUAUGUAAAAACUAUAUGUUCUUGACAGUGGCGGACCUAGAAUUUUAGGAUCGCGGGUGCUCGCCUUUUAACGACAAACUAUGAUCGUCUAAAAAUGAAAGGCGACGGAAAAACAGAAACUAUUGUGUCCAGGUAAUUAGGACACUGAAGAAAAGGUUGCAAACAUUUAUGCAAGUGAUACUUUUUUUUUUCUUUUUUACCACAAUUAAGCAAACUAAUUAAAAACGGAAAAUUAGAAGUCCGAAAAAGCAAAUAAGCAGUAAGAAAGGAAAAGAAAAACCAGCUGGUAAAACUAAAAGGAAGGAAGAAUCUGGCCAAAAAUUUGAGAAGCUAAACGCUCUAUGCAAGGAUUGAUCUCGAAUCUCACGCGAGCAACAACUUUGAUUUCCCCUUUUAAACCAAAGCACCCAGCAGCAUCUUUCUGCAAUGGGUGCUUAAGCAUUUUAUAUAUCCGUUUUGUUGAUUUUUAUAAAUAAAUAUGUAAAGCUUGGGAUGCGGUCAAUGGGUGCUGGAGCACCACUUUGCACUAUGUGGGUCCGUCCCUUUCUUGGUCUGAGUUACUAUUUUGAAAGAUUUUGCUCUUGAUUUAUUUAGUAACAGCUACAUAAAGCUAACUAUAUAUCUGUUAGGCCUUCUCCACGUUGGCCUCGUGCUGUCAUGGGGCAUACUCCCCUA